UCUGCCCCACUUCUCCCCACCCUCCCCGCCAACCCUUUAAAACCACACGAGCCCGGGUUUAGACUCUCCUUCUCUCCUCUCCGAGACUUCAAAAAUCAGGAAAAAGAAUACAGCCAAGCCAAUCCACGUCAACCUAUCCUUGUUCUAUCUAUCUUCCUGUAUCUCACACGCGCGGAGCGAUGCCGUUUUGCAAGGUUGGGACGCAACAAGCCAGCGCAGACACGAACCUCUGCGACAAUGGAGUCAAAAUCUUUUACAGAACUUACGGCCACGGACCCACCAAGGUCCUCCUCAUCAUAGGAUUGGCAGGGACCCACGAGUCAUGGGGCCCACAGAUCAAGGAGCUAGUGGGGACCGAUACGCCCAAUGACGAUGAGACGAGGACCGGAGAUUGGAGUUCCGAUGACAAUGAGAGUGGCGGUGGUAUUGAAAUAUGUGCGUUUGAUAACCGUGGAAUGGGUCGAAGUUCCGUACCCACCAAAAAAUCCGAAUACACAACAGAGGUUAUGGCAAAGGAUGCAAUUGCUUUGUUGGAUCAUUUGGGCUGGAAAAAAGCCCAUGCGUUUGGACAUUCAAUGGGAGCUAUGAUAGCUUGCAAGUUAGCAGCAAUGGUACCUGAAAGAGUUCUCUCAUUAGCUUUACUUAACGUAACAGGCGGAGGUUUCGAGUGUUUUCCGAAGUUCGAUCGACGAACAUUAUCUGUUGCAAUCCGUUUCUUACGGGCCAAAACUCCUGAGCAAAGGGCGGCUGUUGACUUGGACACCCACUACUCAAGGGAGUAUCUUGAAGAAUAUGUUGGACCUAACACCAGAAGAACAAUCUUAUAUCAAGAAUAUGUAAAAGGUAUAUCAGCAACUGGAAUGCAGUCUAACAAUGGUUUUGAGGGUCAACUUAAUGCUUGCUGGACACAUAAAAUGACACGAGCAGAAAUUGAAUUGAUCCGUUCUGCUGGAAUUCUUGUUUCAGUCAUUCAUGGCAGGCAUGAUAUAAUUGCUCAAAUAUAUUACGCGAGGAAACUUGCCGAGAAGCUGCAGCCUGUUGCUAGGAUGAUAGAACUUCAUGGAGGUCAUCUAGUGAGCCAUGAGAGGACAGAAGAGGUCAAUCAAGCACUGCUUGAGUUGAUAGACGCAUCAGAAGUGAAGAACAUGAAGCCUAGUGUUUGGACUAAUAUGCAAAAGAAAAGCUCUGGGUGGAUAGGGACAAGGAUGGCAUUAAUGAGAAUAAGCGUAGAGGGUGGAAGCAAUGCCUCUCUCGUGUUUUAUUACUUGCUAUCAAAACUGCAGAUUUGCGUGUUGUACCUCUUUGGUCUCUUUGUUUUGGUAUUCGAGUAUGGCCGGAGGGCUAUAAGAAGUUUAAAACCGGUUAGAGUUGGAAGUUCCCUUACAUUAGAGAACGGUCAAUGAACCCUUGUUUCUUACUGGGUUAAUUGAUUUGUCACCCAUUACCCUAUACGAAGUAAACCAUUUGAUGAAUACGCUGGAUUCUUCAACAACAUUUUUUUUAUCACGAUUAGAGGCCUAUGCAUUCGGCAACCUACAUCUUCAAAGCUGUUUGCAGGCACAAAUGGUGGGAGAUUGGAACAACCUGUGUUUAGGCAGAUCCUUCUCCCUCGUGCCAUUUGUUCAUGUUUACUUGACAAAAUUUGAUGCUCACAAAUCUCUCUGUAUCUACAACAAACUCUGUACUCCCUACACCUUUCGAGGUGCAAUUCAAAAGAGAAAACGUUUGAUGAA